AUGGUCGCCCUCGUUACCUUCUCUGGACUGGUCACUGUUUGUACGGCUGCGCCUUCGUUCGUCAAGCCCAAGUCGUACACUUCGCCUGAAGGAAAUUAUUCCACUGAGAUUAUUUUGUCCGCUGAAACCGUCUCCAUCGAUCCUGCAGCUCGCACAAUUACGAUGGAUUGGUUUCCACAGUUAUACACUCCUUAUGUGAAUUGCAGUGCGGUCGUCCAUGCCCCUGUGAUACGCGAAGUCUACAUGGCGCGGUACGUUCCCCCAGAGUUGAUGGACCAGUCGAGCCCCACUUGGCGACAAGAGGACCCGCCUCUCCCGAUAUUCAUAUUCAACACCGAUGAUUUUUGCCCCACUUACACCUGGCCUGGCGCGGUUUCUGUCAGAACCGUAACCAAACUGUUCCCUACCUCUGGGAAACCAUACGAUGGAUUCUUGUCUGCUUCCCUCACGGCUUAUCCUGAAGAACGAUAUGAGGCGCCUUUCCAAUUCUAUGUAAGGAACCCGGAUAGUGGGCGCUUGAGAGCGCUGACUGUGUAUAACCUUACCUCGUCUACGCUGGGAUUCGACAUUUCUAUAUCUACUAUUCUAGUGGCGGGUCCACGAUCGGAAGACCAGAAGCUCCAAUUCACCAUGCACAUCACUCGCUCUGUAUCCGUCAAGUUGUUUGUCUACUCUGCGGUGGUCAUGAGCUGGCUUGUGACUCUGGCUUUCCUUACUAUAAUCGCGGCAGCAGGCGUGUACUCUUCGCAUACCAUAUACGCGGAGAUGUUCGUCGUUCCUAUUGGUGCCCUGUUUGCUUUUGCGAGUAUUCGGGCCAAUCUACCCGGGGCCCCAGAUGGCUUUGGAACUAUCCUUGACACUUUUUCUAUAAUCCCUGUGCUGAUAAUCAUGUCUUUAUCGAGUUUUAUUUUACUUGUGGCCGUGUUGUAUAAACGCAUCAAGUACGACCCUUCGCCUCCACUAAGCAGCGCGAUCGGGACCCUCUUGCACCUUCGCCAUUCAACUUGCCCUUACGGGUGUGAAGGGGACACUGCAAUAUCUUCGAUAAACGGUGUGGUGAUCGAUACCCCAAAUGCGUUCCACGUCGACGAUGCCGCAUCUAAAUUAAACGGCAAGCAGACCACGGGGUCAAGUGUACCUUCAAGUGACACUCAUUUGGGCCCUGUUGAAUGGGCUUCGUCGUACCAUGGAGCUACGAGUUCAAGUUGUCGGUUGUCUGAAUCAGAUAGUAUCUAG